AUGAUAAAAGUUUAUUCGUAUAAUAAAGACUUAGACAUAACAUGGAAUACAGAAAACCCGGACUUCACUCAGUGUUUCCACGACACGACACUCACAUGGACUCCAUGUGCCAUAUUCUGGGUGUUGUCCACAAUCGAGACCUACCGUAUAAUUCAGUCAAAACGAGUGCCACUUUCCUGGACUUUCCUAAACAUCACAAAAUUUGACUUAGACAUAACAUGGAAUACAGAAAACCCGGACUUCACUCAGUGUUUCCACGACACGACACUCACAUGGACUCCAUGUGCCAUAUUCUGGGUGUUGUCCACAAUCGAGACCUACCGUAUAAUUCAGUCAAAACGAGUGCCACUUUCCUGGACUUUCCUAAACAUCACAAAAUUUAUAUUGUCGGCAUCUCUUAUAUAUUAUGAACGAUUGAAAGGAUUGCACACAUCAGUGGCCUUAUUCACCCUUUGGUUACUACUAACCAUCACUUCAUCUUUAAAUUAUAGGACUUUAUUGUCAAUCGUUUUUCGAGAUGAAGGAAUCAAUGAGAAAACCACAGAUCUUGUAUUCAUCACUCAAAUGGCUUACUGUCCGAUCAUUAUCUGUCAAUUCAUUCUGUCGUGUUUUGCCGACCCUAUUGUCACCAUAAAAGACAGGAAUUACAAAGUUGAAGAAUGUCCGCGAAACAGAGCAUCCAUUUUAUCAAUACUGACCUUCUGGUGGGUGAACCCAUUGGUACGGUUGGGUCACAAACGGCCGUUAACUCUGAUGGACAUGUGGUCACCAAACGAAGAGUUUAUUACUGAAUAUAAUCUGAAGAAUUUUAACCGACAUUAUUAUAAGUCAUAUCCGAAGAGUAAAAUCUUUCCCAUAAGUGGUUCCAAUUUUAAUGUCGUUCGACAGGAGAAUGAGAUUAAGAGAAGUCCUGGCAUUUUAAUACCACUGAUGAAGACAUACUGGCGUUUUGUUAUAGUGUUAGUCCUAUUCAGGCUAUCGAGCGCUUUGAUCACAUUUAUAAACCCGACUGUUUUGGACUGGUUUAUCACAUUCAUGUCCGAUUCAUCGCAACCCAUUUGGCGCGGAUUCUUAUACUGUUUCGCCCUUUUGGGACAAUUAAUGUUGUCAUCGCUGGUCAGCACUCAUAGUAUGUAUUACUCGCAACUCAUGAGACUCAAGAUGAGGGCCUGUAUAAGCAAUACCAUAUACAAGAAGAGUUUGGUUCUUUCCACUGAUGGUCGCAAGAGUUUUACAAUCGGAGAGAUAGUAAACCUAAUGGCAAUGGACACACACCGAGUGGUCGAGUUUGUAUGGAUGGUGAACAUGAUGUGGUCGAUGGUCCUCCAGAUUUCAAUAGCCAUAUAUCUGCUUUGGUUGCAGUUAGGAGUGUCCACUUUGGUGGGAGUGGGCAUUCUCUUAUGCCUAAUGCCAAUCAAUGGUGUGGUCGCCACUCGCCUUAAGAUACUGCAGACAACACUUAUGAAAGUGAAAGAUAAGAGAGUGAAACUCAUGAAUGAUAUAUUGAGCGGAAUCCGUGUCUGGAAGAUGUAUGCGUGGGAACAGUCUUUCAAUGAGAAAGUGAUGAGUUUAAGGAACAGCGAAAUCAGCAAAUUAGUCACCAGAGCUUUCUAUAACUGCUUUAUUAUGUUCACACAUUCUUCAGCGCAAGUGUUGGUUUCUGUCUUCACUUUCGCUGUGUAUGUAAUGAUAGACAAAAAUAAUGUAUUGAACGCAAACGUGGCCUUUGUUUCGCUGACACUCUUUGGCAUAUUAGGCGCACCGCUGACUAUGAUUCCCAAUCUUAUCACUAGUUUUGUUAUGUUUACGGUGUCUUUGAAACGAAUAAACAAAUAUCUAAUUAGCGAUGAAUUGGACAGUGAGGCCAUUGAACACAAUCAACAAGUUAUGGAUCCAAUAGUGGUAGAAAACGCGUCCUUCUCGUGGUCUAAGAGUGAUGUGAUUCCCAUUCUUAGCAAUAUAUCACUUAAUGUCAAACACAAUAAAUUGGUUGCGAUCGUGGGUCAGGUGGGAAGCGGCAAGUCUUCGCUACUGUCGGCCAUUUUAGGCGAUAUGAUUAAAACCGAUGGAAUCGUUAAUAUGAACGGAACGAUAGCUUAUGUGCCACAACAGGCAUAUAUUAUGAACACUACUCUUAAAAGUAAUAUAUUAUUCAGUAAAGAAAUGGACCGAAAGAAGUUUGACAAAGUAUUGGAUGCGUGCGCUCUUCGGCCCGAUUUGGAUAUUCUUCCGGGCGGUGAGGAGACAGAGAUCGGCGCAAAGGGUAUCAAUUUGUCGGGCGGUCAGAAGCAGAGGGUAUCGAUGGCCAGAGCCUGUUAUGCGAACGCAGAUAUCUAUCUGUUUGACGACCCGAUCAGCGCAUUGGACGCUCACGUCGGCAAACAUGUCUUCGAUAAAGUGAUCGGAUCUAACGGUCUAUUGAGACACAAGACACGUGUUUUGGUUACGCAUAGGAUAUCUGUUUUGCCAAAUGUUGACGAAAUAGUUGUGAUAAAAGACGGAUCAAUCUCUGAGUUCGGAACCUAUAGAGAGCUUUUGGACCGAAGAGGAAAUUUUGCCGAUUUUCUCAUCAAUUAUUUGGAGAACACAACCGAUAUUCCUGACACCGAAGACAUGGAACUGAUUGAAGAAAUUGCUGAUAAAAUCAAACCCGGAUUACAGCGAUUGAUAUCAACUCAGAAAAGCACUAUAAGUGAUGACGGGUUAAGGAAAAGGACUCUCUCUGACGGCUCAAAGUCAGGGCUUUUUGAGAAACCAAAAGAAGAUUUAGACGAAGAAAAAGCGAAAAAAGGAAAGUUAACGGAAGCGGAAGCGUCUGAAACGGGUUCCGUUAAACUCAGUGUAUAUUUGGAUUAUCUGAAGAAAAUCGGAAUCUGGAGUCUUAUCGCUGUCUUCCUAUCGGAUGUGAUACUGAGUGCUCUGACAUUCGCCUCGAGCUUAUGGUUAGCCGAAUGGAGUGACGACUCUCUCGAUCCCAUUAAACGAUUGGACGAAUCGUUGAGAAAUGUAAGACUCGGUGUUUACGGGGCGUUAGGCGGCGGCCAAACCGUGUUUACAUUUGUGGCCACAAUCUCGAUAACGUUGGCGUGUCUUAACGGCUCUAAGAUAUUGCACAACGAAAUGCUGGUCCGUAUGAUGAGAGCUCCGGUCUCGCACUUUGACACCACUCCCGUCGGACGCAUUCUCAACAGAUUCUCCAAAGAUGUCGACAUUUCAGACACCGUUCUCGGGAUGAGUAUCCGGAACGCGAUGACCCGACUCUUCGCUUGUAUCGUCUCGUUUGCCAUCAUUGGUUACGAAACGCCAUACGUAUUGCUGGUGAUCUUUCCGUUGGGUUUUGUGUAUUAUAUUAUCCAACAAUACUAUAUCAGUACAUCUCGACAGUUGAGACGGAUUGAGUCCAACGCCAGGUCUCCAGUGAUCGGACACUUCACGGAAACACUUUCGGGAAUUUCAUCGAUUAGAGCCUACGAUAUGUCCAAAUAUUUUAUUAACGAGUUUAGUCUUCUGGUGGACACACAUCAUAACACAACGUAUGAGUCGACGGCUGCCAACCGAUGGCUGGCCAUUAGAUUGGAGUUUCUCGGCUAUUGUAUUGUAUUCAUUGACGCCCUCUUUGUUGUGCUCACAAGAGAUUCUGUGACGCCUGGAAUGGCUGGACUCACACUCACUUAUGCCAUGAAGAUUACGUUUAAUUUGAAUUCAGUGGUCAAUGCGAUGACAACUCUGGAAACCGAUAUCGUUUCCGUUGAGCGGUGUAUUGAAUACACACAAACACCGACUGAAGCUGAAUGGCAUAGGGAUGGCACUAAACCAUCGGACGAUUGGCCACAAAAUGGUUUAAUUGAAUUCAAAAAAUAUAGCACUAGAUAUCGGGAAGGAUUAGAUUUAGUGCUCAAAGAUAUUGAUCUCACGAUAAAUGGCGGACAAAGAGUAGGAGUGGUCGGGCGUACGGGUGCCGGAAAAUCAUCGCUUACUUUAGCCCUGUUUAGACUUAUAGAGCCGUCGAUUGGGACCAUUGCUAUCGAUUCGGUUGACGUCACAAAUAUAGGUCUCUAUGAGUUGCGCUCAAAAAUCAUAGCGACGAAGAAUACGACGGCUGCCAACCGAUGGCUGGCCAUUAGAUUGGAGUUUCUCGGCUAUUGUAUUGUAUUCAUUGACGCCCUCUUUGUUGUGCUCACAAGAGAUUCUGUGACGCCUGGAAUGGCUGGACUCACACUAACCUAUGCCAUGAAGAUUACAUUUAAUUUGAAUUCAGUGGUCAAUGCGAUGACAACUCUGGAAACUGAUAUUGUUUCCGUUGAGCGAUGUAUUGAAUACACACAAACACCGACUGAAGCUGAAUGGCAUAGGGAUGGCACUAAACCAUCGGACGAUUGGCCACAAAAUGGUUUAAUUGAAUUUAAAAAAUACAGCACUAGAUAUCGGGAAGGAUUAGAUUUAGUGCUCAAAGAUAUUGAUCUCACGAUAAAUGGCGGACAGAGAGUAGGAGUGGUCGGCCGGACGGGUGCCGGAAAAUCAUCGCUUACUUUAGCCCUGUUUAGACUUAUAGAGCCGUCGAUUGGGACCAUUGCUAUCGAUUCGGUGGACGUCACAAAUAUAGGUCUCUAUGAGUUGCGCUCAAAGUUAACAGUUAUACCUCAGGAUCCGGUCCUAUUCACCGGCACUUUGAGAGACAAUUUGGAUCCAUUCCAGAAUCAUAGCGACGAAGAAUUGUGGACAUCGCUAGAGUUGGCUCACCUCAAGACGUUUGUCUCGUCGCUGACUGAGAAACUGGAUUAUCCCAUCUCUGAGGGCGGAAGUAAUCUAAGCGUCGGUCAAAAACAAUUGCUUUGUUUGGCGAGAGCUCUGCUCCGAAAGAGCCGUAUUCUGGUGUUAGACGAGGCGACCGCUGCCGUCGACGUUGAGACCGACGACUUGAUCCAAAAGACAAUACGCGAAGAGUUCAACGAAGUCACUAUCAUUACGAUUGCCCACCGAUUGAAUACAAUUCUCGAUUACGACAAGAUAUUAGUGAUGGACAGCGGAUGCGUCAAAGAAUAUGAUUCACCCAAAGCUCUGCUCGACAACCAUUCCUCGCAGUUUCACUCUAUGGCUAAAGACGCCGGACUUGUCUAAUAAAUUGGUCUACAAUAGCGUUAUAGUCGUACUAUUCUUACAACUUUGUUAGUUUUUACUAUCUGAUCAUGCUC